GUCAUCAUCCGGGAACUCCGAGCUGCUGACGCUUCAAACAGAGCGCGGCGUUUCUCAAACAGCGCGAGAUAAACACCGAGCCGUGAGGAGGCGGGUUAAUUAUUAUCAUUAUUAUUAUUUGUGUGUUUAGUUAAACGAUAUUACAUACCCGUUUGUAAGGCGUGGACGAGACUAAAAGCUAUUAAACAGAAUCCCGUGUGCUGCCAUGGACAGUGUGAAGAUGGAAUCUGUCCAGAUUAAAGAGGAGUUCCCUGAACUUGAACUUGUACCCAUUAGAGUGGAGUUCUCUGGGCUGGCUUCCCUCCCCAUUAAACAGGAGCUCUGUGAGAUGCAAUGUGACAGCAGCCAGCCAGAGGUCUCUGAGGUUAAAGCUGAGCACAAUAAAUGGGAGAUCCCCCAGACAGAAGAACCCCUUCCUGUUAAACAAGAAGAGGUGCUGGAAACUGUCCGUAUUAAACAGGAGCCCCCUGAAGUAGAGUUUGACCACAUGGAACCAGUGAAGGAAGAAUCCGAGGACUUCAAACCAAACAUCUCUGAGCUGGAGCCUGUACGCCUGCGGGAGUGUAGCGUGGUGCUGGAGAGAAUCUGCGUGAGAGAGCAAGGCGCUGGAGAGGAAGGCUCUCCCAACAGCACGCAAGGAGGUGGAAAGGAAGACGGGCGCUCCCAUUCAGAAUGCAGUCUAGCAGGUUCCAGUCCAGCAGCUAAAGUGAGGGCGGGAGCUGGAGAAUAUCCUGAUUGUGGGAAAGGUUUCACCCAGUUUGGGCAUUUUAAAACACACCAGCGAACUGACGCAGAAAAGAAACCGUAUCGUUGCUCUGACUGUGGAAAGAGUUUCAGUCAGUCAGGUACCCUGAAAACACACCAGCGAAUUCACACAGGAGAGAAACCGUAUUCCUGCACUCACUGUGGGAAGAGUUUCAGUCAGUCAAACAACCUUGUAUCACACCAGCGAAUUCACACAGGAGAGAAACCGUAUCGCUGCUCUGACUGUGGAAAGAGUUUCAGUCAGUCAAACAACCUUGUUUCACACCAGCAAAUUCACAGAGGAGAGAAACUGUAUUGCUGCUCUGAUUGUGGGAAGAGUUUCAGUUACUCAGGAACCCUGAAAGCACACCAGCAAAUUCACACAGGAGGGAAAACAUAUUGUUGCUCUGACUGUGGGAAGAGUUUCAGUCAUUCAAACAGCCUUGUUUUCCACCAGCGAAUUCACACGGGAGAGAAACCGUAUCGCUGCUCUGACUGCGGGAAGAGUUUCAGUUACUCAGGAGACAUGAAAGCACACCAGCGAAUUCACACAGGAGAAAAACCGUAUUGCUGCUCUGACUGUGGGAAGAGUUUCAGUCGGUCAAACAGCCUUGUUUCACACCAGCGAAUUCACACAGGAGAGAAACCAUAUCGCUGCUCCGACUGUGGGAAGAGUUUCAGUUAUUCAGGAAACCUGAAAACACACCAGCGCAUUCACACAGGAGAGAAACCGUAUUACUGCUCUGACUGUGGGAAGAGUUUCAGUCAGUCAGCCAGCCUUAAAACACACCAGCGAAUCCACAUAAGAGAGAAACCUUAAAGACUAUGUUAAUUGGGACUGUUUUAUCAUGAAGAAAAAAAUGUUAACCUUGCAUUAUGAAUUUGAAACAAAAACACUUUGGAAAUGUGAAAAAACGCCAAGUUCUCAAAAGUGCCCAGCCAUUUAACGUAGAGAUAUCAAAAACACAAGACAAGCUUCAAGAAACAAGUGGGGCAACCUUGCUCAGCACCAAGCAAAUGGGCACAACUGUAAAACCGAUGAGGGCCAAGGUUGCCCCAAUUUCACAACUAACACAUUUCUCAGUUUUAAUUCAGAAAUCAAUUGUUUCUACUAACUUGGCUUGUGUUUUUCAUGCAUUUGAUCCGCUUUUACUGUGUCUGAAAAACACAAGCCAAGUUAGUAGAAACAAUUGAUUUCUGAAUUAAAACUGAGAAAUGUGUUAAUUGUGAAAUUAAUUGAUUAAUUAUUUAACAAUAGUAAGCAACACUAAAACAACACCUAUGUCUAACUUGUAUUUAAAUUAGCAAAAUGUACUUUUUAAAGGUUGUUGUAUCAAAUUGAGUUCUAUCGCUCUGCCUCUCUGAGUCGUUGUCAGUGCUGGAGCCUUCAUCAUGUGACGCAGCACCCAGGCAGACUCUGCAUUCAGAGGAUAUAGAGGACUGCUGGGAAAGAGCCUUUUUGGUAGUGAAAAAAACAUGAAAAUAAAAAGUCACAACUAAUCAUGCAUUUUUUAAAAUGAUCCAAUGUGCAAUAAAUUUUAUUUUUUA